UUUUACAAAACAGGUACAGGUUCUGCCGGCCUUGGUAGGGGUUUCAUUUUUGCACUCGGAAUUUGCUCAUUGCUUGUCAAAGAGCGGCUAUACAUUUCCGCGACGCUAUUGGCUAUGCUCUAUGGAAUUGCUAUAGGCCCAUUAGCUCUCAACUGGAUUGACCCUCAAAUUGAAUACAGCCGUUACUGCCUGGCCAUCGAGCUCAUGAUUGCUGGUAUUACCCUACCCAAGAAAUACCUGUCAGGAGUGGCAAUCUAUGGUUAUGCUUUUGUUCCGGUAAUGACCUUGAUGUGGCUGGUAUCUGCGGCUAUCAUUAAAUUCACUUUCGGCCUGCCCUUUCUCCAGGCGCUGGCAAUUGGCGCAUGUGUGGCGCCCACAGAUCCGGUGCUUGCCAAUGCCAUUCUCAAGGGAAUGUUUGCCGAGACUCAUGUCCCACUGCGCCUGCGCAAUAUUCUGACUGCUGAGAGUGGUGCAAACGACGGGCUCGGCUAUCCGUUCUUGUUUCUUGCGCUGUUCCUGAUGCGUCUCGGUGGCGGCAAUGCCAUUGGAGCAUGGUUCUACGUGACCUGGGUGUACCAAGUUGUGCUGCGGGUUGCUGGGUAUGUAGGGCGAAAGGUACUUAAAUACGCAAAAAAUACUGGCUGGAUCGAGCACGAAUUGUUUCUGCUGUCAGCUAUAUCAUUGGCCCUGAUGCUUGUUGGAUUGUGCACCAUCCUCGGCACCGACGAUAUUCUGUGUUGCUUUGUGGCUGGCAACUCAUUUACUUGGGAUGACUGGUAUCGUAUUGAGAGUGAGGAUACCUUGCUGCAACAGACAAUCAACGAUAUCCUGUCCAUGACCUUUUUCAUCGCUAAUUUCCUGAGCCCAUGGAGGAUAUCCAUUGCCGUUGUACUCAUCAUUAUCCUUCGCCGUCUUCCAGCUAUCGUGGCACUGUACAGGCUGGUUCCCGCAAUAAACAACUGGAAAGAGGCGCUGUUUGCCGGCUGGUUUGGGCCCAUCGGUGUGUCUGCCAUAUUUUACGCCACCGAGACAAUCAAACAGAUCAAUGAGCACGACGAUAGCAAUGCCGGAAUUGUCGCCAAAAUAGUCUACCCGAUUGUGUGUGCUGUGUGUUCGGGUCGCUUGAACUGUUUCUAUCCAAGCAGCUCAUCUAUAUGGAACAUACCUAACUGGACCAAAAGCAAAUCAUCGCCAGAUUCAAAAAAAUUAGGCGCAAACCACAGCCAAGAUAAACCUGAAAUGCCAUCGGCCACCUACUUGGCACCGAUUCACGACACUGCAGGAACUAGACGCACCAGCGGAUGCCUACGCACACGCGUUGUCUGAAGCACAUUCUGCCACAUACAGAGCCUCAGAGAAUCAUGAUCACUAGCAACAGAAGCGUUGACUUUGGUUGUUUGGAGCAACACAUUAAUUACGUAUUCAUAUGCAUAUUUUUGUCACACCAUAUUCAAACUAAUUUGAAAUAUGAAGCAUAUUAUUUAAGAAAAAAGUUUAGUCCUCCAAGAGCUCAGUGAGGACAGAAGGUCG